GUAUUAAUCCCCUUCUCUACGGCUUCUCGUCUCCGACCGUGUAACCGUCGUCUUCUUCCUCCCGACCCGCGGCGUAGGGUUUGGGCGGCGAAGGAGGAGAUCUCGGCCAUGGCGGCGAAGCGCGACCGCACCAAAGCCUUCGCCUCCACGGCCGCGUCGGGAAACCCUAAUCCUUCGGCAGAGUCGAAAGAGGACAAAUCCCGCGAGGAGGGGGAGAUCUCCUCCGGUGACGAAGACGCGGUGGGUUUUAUACCCCCUCACAUCGUGCUGAUUGGUUCGCAUGGUCCCAGUGUUAGCACAACAUCCACAGAACCCAGUCGUAUCACCUUGGGCUACAGCUUGUCUAAAACUAUCAAAAUAGGAAAUAAUUCCACUGUUGGUAAUGUGCCUCUUCAGAAGCAGAGCUACAGUAGAAACUUUAGAAUGAAGCAAACCCCAUUUAAGGGUACCAACAAUCGAAGUCUUUGUUGGCAGAAGAAAAGCACAGAUGAUGACCUUGUAAUUAGUUUUUCAGAUGAUGACAGUGGGAGUGACUCUGGAAAAUUGAAGCCUAAGACGGAGCCAACCAUACAAAAGAAAGACAUUGCAACCAGGGCAGGUACACACAUCUUUCCUAUGAUAUCAGCACAGGAGAAAACCAAGGUAGCAAGACAAGAAGCAGGUCAUAACAUAAGUCAGAUAUCAAAAAGUGGUUUUGCAAGCCAAGCAUACAUUUCAUCUAUCCCUAGAAAUGCAGGGACCAAUACUGUGGGAACUUCAAAGGAUCCUCAUAUUAUUAAAAAGAAUACUGCUGCCAUAAAGACAUCAACAAACCAAGUAAAUGAGAAUGCUUGCCAUGCAAAUUCUGCAGAAAACAGAUUGGAAAGUUUGCGCCAUGAAAUUGCUCAACGAGAAAAUGAAUUGAGAGUUCAGAAGAAAUCUUUGGCAACUAGUGCGGAAAGGAAUUCAUAUUCACCUACCAAGCUGUCAGGGCAGUGUAUGGAUAAGGCUGUAGAAUUGCCACCUAGUGGUCAACCAAUGAAACGCCAGAAGCUUGAACCGCAGCAUUACAAUAUUCAAAGCUUAAAGUUGACUUCCACCACUUCUCUAUCCAAGAACAAUGAACAACAUAUGCAAAAAAGUAGCUAUCUUGAGGAAGAUGGGUGCUUAGUGAGAACAAACUCAAAAGGUGACUGCCAAGGUAAUGAAACAACUAAAAAUCAUACGGUAUUAUCCAAAGUGCAGCAUGCAGGAGAAGAUAAUGGCACUUGGCUGCCUACCAAGGAUUUUGUCUCUUCUGUAUCUGAUGGUUUGCUGUCUAAGCAGCAGAAUAGUAGUGUGGUUGCUGGCAAAUGUGUUCAUUCCAGGAAGGAUGUUGUGCUACCUGAUUCUUCCAAGCUGUUAAAUCAAAGUCAAUGCUUGAUGAAAAUGGCAUCUGGUUUGGAGAGUGCAGAUCUCUUGACUUGUACUGAUCAGGGAGACAUCCCUCUUGAGGGGACUAUACAAUCUUUAAUGGACUUGGAGGAACUUCAAGACAGGGAGUUGGAAGAGGCUCAGGAGCAUCGGCGCAGGUGCGAACUUGAAGAAAGACGAGCACUUAAAGCCUAUCGUAAUGCGCAAAGAGCUUUAAUCAAAGCCAGUGAGAGAUGUGGCAUUCUCUAUAGGAAUAGAGAACUAUUUUCCGGCAGGCUUCAUGGCUUAAUAAUGGAGAACUUUUGGCAGAACCACAGAGAAACUAUGUUGGAACCCUUAAAGUAUGUUCCCAAAGAUAGCCAUGAUUUUCUAUCUAUGUUGAGUGAGAAGAUACCUGGGGAGCAAAUGUUAGAACGGUUGAGUAAAAAGUCUAACAUUCAAUGCUCUGAUACUCUUCCUCAACAACGGAACGGACAUGAGUCUACGUCUGACCAGUGCUGUGAGCCUGAUGCUAGUACAUCAGAUCCUAAGGAUGAUGAAGAAAACUUUACUUCGGAUAGAAUUGAAUCAAGAACAACCAGUCAUGGCAAUUUUGAAAAUCAUGUAGACGAAAUUGUGGAUGUGGCUUGUGAAGAAAAUGAGCUUCUGGAAGCUGCCUUGAGGUCCGAACUAGUAGCACGGAUGGGUAAUAGAAAAUCAUCUGAAGUUACUAAUGUAAGCAACAUCAAAUGCCCUAUUGAUAAAGCAACAGGGACUGAACAGGAAAGGCCUGCUGCUUUGCUUGAACAGCAGUUUCUGGGGGAAGAGGAAAAUGACAUGACAGCAUGUGAAGGUACAUCAAUGCCUGUAAGAACCAUUAACCAGAUAUCUGCACAGCUACAUAGCCAUUCUCCUGGCAAUGUUACCUCCGGUAAUGGCAUCAGUAAAGUUAUAGAAACUGAAGAUAAUAGCUCCUCCGUGAAAGAUGUGCCUGAUGUUACACAAGAUUGUACAGGAGCAUUUAACCCAAGAUGCUCUCUAAAAACUCAAAUGGAUUGUAAUACAUUUGACCCUAAAAUUGAUCCAUUCUGGCCCUUCUGCAUUUAUGAACUUCGAGGAAAAUGUUAUGAUGAAGAAUGUCCUUGGCAGCAUGCCAAAAGCUAUUCUUGGAGAAAGUCAAAAACAGAAGGCCAGAUUUCUUGUGGUCUAUUUCAGCAUCUUAUGCCUGUACCUAUAUAUCAUGUUGGUUCAAAUCUUAUAAAAGAUGAUUCAUACUUAUCAUGCUCCAUGCUGGCUCGCAGUAUCUGGCAAUAUUGGCAAAGGGGGUUUUGCGCUUCCUUUCCUUUACCCUUUUCUGUUCUAAGAAUUCUUCCACCAGAUGCACCAUUCUUACCAAUUGGUGAUGGUUCCAUUGCAGAUUAUGAUAGAAACAGGCAGUUGUUCAAUUUCCGAGGUCAGGGUGGUAAUAUGAAGAAACCCACACAAAGGUUACCUGAUUCUGAACAAUCCUUGGAGCUGGCACUUGAUUUUUCUUGUGGAAAGGUCUAUAAAGCAGACAGGAAGAAGGCUCUUUCACAGAUAUCACGAGCUAUUGAGGCUGAUCCUCAUUCUGCUGUUCUGUGGAUUGUCUAUCUGCACAUUUACUAUCAAAAAGAGAGAGAAAUUGGGAACGACGAUAUGUUUCUGCAUGCGGUGCAAAACUGUGGAUCUUCCUACGAGCUGUGGCUUAUGUAUAUAAACAGUCGGGUAAAUUUUGAUGACCGUCUGAAUGCUUAUAAUGGUGCUUUGAGUGCACUCUGUUCUAUGAAAGUGACCUGCAACACAGAAAUCAAAGAUAGAAGUGCUGUCGUCUUAGACGUUUUCUUGCAGAUGGUUGAUUUCUUAUGCAUGAGUGGCAGAGUAGAGAAAGCCAUUUCUCGAAUCCACAGAUUUAUUCCAGGGAAAAAUUCUGAAUAUUCUGGUGAGAAAUAUCUAACAGAUUUCCUCUCUUGCUUGCUAAUCUCUGACAAGUGUAUAUUCUGGGUUUGUUGUACAUACCUAUUGAUAUACCAGAAACUCCCAGAAAGAAUUUUAGAACAGCUUGAGUUAGAGAAAGAACUGUCUUUCAAGAUAGAAUGGCCUUCUGCUGAAAUAGCGCCAGAUAAGAUAGACCAGGCGAUAGAACUGUUCAGACAUGCAUUUGAUCAGGUAGCUUUAGAAAUUGAUUCGAAUUCAUCCAAAGAAGAAUCAUCUUCUGUGAGGGCAAUUCAUUUUCUUGCUAUUAGUCACAUUAAUUGUGUGGCCGCACUACAAGGUAUACACUCUGCAGCCGGUUUGUUGGUUAACUACAUGGGUUUGUACCCAAAUUGUGCUGAAAUUUUUCUUCUUUCAGUUCAAUUUGGGGAGAAUUAUAGAGGAGAUGUCGUGUUGGGAGGGUUUGAAGAGGUUAUCUCUAAUUGGCCUAGAGAAGUACAAGGUAUUCAAUAUCUUUGGAAUCAAUAUGCUGAACAUGUUUUGGCAAACAAAGGAAUUGAUUUUGCCGAAAAAUUGAUGACAGAGUGGUUUCGGUUAUUUGGAGAAGUUACAAAUCCUCAAUAUAGGAGCGCAGGAAGUGGAGAAGAUAGCUUAGUAGAGUCUGAAAAUGAUUAUCCGACCAAUGCUGGAGACGAUUUCUUUUGGUUUCUAAAUCUUUUUCUGUACAAAAGCCUGCAGAAGAAUUCAUCAGAAGCUCAACUUGCUAUCGAUAGAGCCCUACAUAUGGCAGGUCAGAAAUACUAUAAACACUGUUUAAGAGAGCAUGCUGCAUUAUAUUUUCUAAAAGAAAAGGAAUCCCCAAACCCUGAUUCAGUUUGCGCCGUAUUGAAUCUUCUUAGUGGAUACCUCAGAGAUCGACGAACUUUGCCUGUAAAAGAACCACUGUCAAGAAGAUUCUACCAAAAUAUUAAGAAGCUUAGGGUAAAGCAGUUGAUGGAUGCCACUCUGGGUCCAGUUUCGCCAGAUUGUUCUUUGAUAAACACUGUUCUAGGAGCAUGUCAUGGCCCGUCACUCCUCCCGCAGAAGUUAAAUGAGCCAAAGGACCUGGUCGAUUUUGUUGAGUCCAUCAUGGGAGUUGCUCCGUCAAACUAUAAAUUAGCUUUGUCAGUGUACAGAUUCACAGCUAGAAAUUUCACUGGUGAGGGCCUUAUGUUUUGGGCAGGCUCUAUUUUGGUUAAUUCGAUACUUCAGGUUGUGCCAGUAGCUCCAGAAUCAGUGUGGUUACAAGCAGCUAAUUUGUUAGGAAAUCUAGGGGUUUCAGAGAUUUCCAGAAGGUUUUAUCAGCAGGCGACGUCGGUCUAUCCUUUCUCUCGCAAGUUGUGGCAGUCAUAUUUGAGUCUCUCUAAGACUGCUGGAAAUGGAGAUAGUAUUAUGGAAGCAGCAAGAGAAAGAGGGGUUGAACUCUCGACCUAAUGCCAUCCUAAGUUAGGCAAUACCGGUAAAAAACGUUUUAGCUUAAAACUGAUUUAUGUUGUAUUAGGAGAAGCUUAGAGAUAUCCAUACAGUAGUUUUCAUCAUAAUACACAGUUUUGGGUGGUACAGCGGUGGUGACUCUCGAGUGGACGGCUGUGAAACAGGGAAUUUGUACAGGAAGCAAACGUCAGGUAGUAAUUACAAUCUUCAUAGAUUACAGACAUUUUAUACACAUCUUGCAGCAAGUUUUUGGAGGGAAUUGGUUGCCCCAUUUGUAUUUUCCUUUUUCGGAUCAAUGUAGAUGGUAAACUUCGUUGUAUGUUUCAUUUUCAGAGAAGAGAUUGCUACUCAAUUAUCACGGAAAGUUAAAAACACCAGCAGCUUGUGUUGUUAUAAGCC